CGCGGUUUGUAUAUGUUCGUGUAAGUCUGAACUCUCUGAGUACCCGUAACCACGCUUAAUGUAGUUUUGCAGUACCUGCCAGUCAGGGGGAAUCGGGAAUUGUAUCUGUUGGUAAUAAACUAGUGGCUAGUAUGGCAAAUGAAGGAUUAUUGCUAACCGCGGUCGUUUCGGGGCAGUUUGAAGAUGCUGAUGUAUCUGACAGUGGGGACCCCAGUCCUGAUCAGAAGUCUGUUCCUGUAACAGCAGUGGAAAAUAAAGUGGACAAUCUCAGGUUGACAACUCCAGGGGAAGAUGGAGCUGACAAUGAAAGUGAGGAGGAAGAAGAAGAAGAGGAAGAGGAAGACUGGGACUGGGAUGACGCUGGGGGAGACCUCACCAAACGGUACACAGCUUCCAGGGGACACCACCAACAGGCAAACCGACAGAAUCCCAGUAACAAAACGCUGAAGAUGUCCACUCCGACAGACAAGGUCUUAAGAAAAUUUGAGCAUAAAAUCAAUCUAGAUAAACUAAAUUAUGCUGACUCUGUAAUAAAUCGAGUAACAGGAAAGUCAAGACAAAAGGAAGCAGAACUGUAUCGAGUUAAGGACAAGUCAGACAGAGCCACAGUGGAACAGGUUUUGGAUCCAAGAACUCGGAUGAUUCUCUUCAAAAUGCUGAGCAGAGGGGUCAUAUCGGAAAUCAAUGGUUGCAUAAGUACUGGCAAGGAGGCCAAUGUUUACCAUGCUACCACAGCACAGGGGGAAAGCAGAGCCUUAAAGAUCUAUAAAACUUCAAUUUUGAUCUUUAAAGAUCGGGAUAAAUAUGUCAGUGGUGAGUUUAGAUUUCGUCAUGGUUACUGUAAAGGAAAUCCAAGAAAAAUGGUCAGAACCUGGGCUGAAAAAGAAAUGAGGAACUUGAUUAGGCUACAAACAGCAAAAAUACCCUGUCCAGAGCCCAUUAUGUUGAGAGGUCACGUUCUUGUCAUGGCAUUCAUUGGCAAGAAUGAAAUGCCUGCUCCAUUGUUAAGGAAUGCGCAACUGUCAGAGUCCAAAUCCCGGGAGCUAUACCUGCAAGUGAUUCAGUACAUGAGGAGAAUGUAUCAGGAUGCAAGGCUGGUCCAUGCGGAUCUCAGUGAAUUCAAUCUGCUGUACCACAAUGGAGAAGUUUUAAUUAUUGAUGUAUCCCAGUCUGUGGAGCACGACCAUCCGCAUGCAUUGGAGUUUCUUCGGAAGGACUGUGCUAACAUUAAUGCCUUCUUCUGGAAGCAUGAAGUUCCAGUGAUGACAGUACGGGAGCUCUUUGAGUUUGUAACAGAUCCUUCAAUCACAAGUGAAAACAUCGAUGAAUAUUUGGAAAAGGCAAUGGAGGAAGCUGCUGAUAGAACAGCGGAGGAAAGAUCCAAUCGGGAUAAAGUAGAUGACGAGGUGUUUAAGAAUGCCUACAUUCCAAGAACGCUGACUGAAGUAACUAACUACGAGAGGGAUGUUGAUAUCAUGAUGAAAAUGAAAGAAGAGGAUACAGUCUUGAAUGUACAGCAUGAUAAUAUCCUGUAUCAGACAGUGACAGGACUAAGGAGGGAUUUGUCUGGAGUACAAAAGGUGCCUGCUCUUCUGGAAAGCAGAGCAAAUGGAGAUGAGAACUCCGGCUCAGCGGGUGAAGAGAGCUCGGAGUCUGGGUCUGAUGAGGAAGAGGAAGAGGAGGAGGAGGGGAUGCAUCCCAAAGACAUAGAACAGCAGUCUGAUUUAGACAAGAAGGAACGGAAAAAGGUGGCAAAAGAAGCACAGAGGGAGAAAAGGAAAAACAAGAUACCAAAACACAUCAAGAAACGAAGAGAGAAGGUGGUGAAAAUGAAAAAGGGCAAAUAAGACGUUGGGACUCUGAGACAAACUAUUUACUAGCAGUGAAGCUACAUGAGCAGAGGGGGUAGCUUGUAAUGUAUUUGCAGUUACACUCUGCUGGGUGGCUGCAUUUUUUUUAUCUUGAGGCUAGACUUUUUUUCUCCUUCAUACAAUUUCAAAUGUUUAUUUAACAUUAAGAGGCUUGUUACCACAAAAGCUAAUGUAUACAAAAACACCAAGAAUAUAAGCAGCAUCCAGGCUUAAAAAAUAUAUAUAUAUAUUAUUAAUUAGGGCUGUCAAGUGAUUUAAAAAAAUUAAUCAUGAUUUUAUCUUGAGAAUCAUGUUGGAAUAUAUUUGGCCAGAUUACAGUAUUUUCACUGUUCAGAUUUGUUUUAUCAAUGUUAUUAGUGUAGAAUUAAUACAGCAAACAUGAUUCGUUGGUACUCUGUUUUGUACUGCGCAGCUAAUGCUUCUGUGGCUUUACCUGGAAGUUACGUACUGUGACGUGGCUGAUAGCUCUUGGGACGAGGGGGAGAGAUCAUUACACGGGGUACUUUGAACAAGUUUCAUUGAGGGCUGUAUUCUAAUGCUGUAACUAAAAGCAACAAACCUGUCCCAAGGAAAUAAACAAUAUUGAAAGGAGAAA